AUGCAGGCCCUGAACAGCGGCCGCGCGGCCUCCAGCCGGCAAUGCAGCACCAGUGGACGCACAGCCUUGGCACAAGGGGCCCAGCGCUGCGCACGCGUGGUCGUGCGUGCAGCUGCGGACGAGCAGCCGGACGGCCGCAUCAUCGGCGGGCUGGGCGCAGUCCCUGGCUUUGGCUGGUGGCCCAUCAAGGCCUACCGCCCCUGCCCCAACCUGGACCGGGCCGGUAUUGACUACACCCGGAAGGGGCAGGCGACCAACGAGGUGCUGUUUGGCGGCGUGAGCCUGGGCGACUCCCAGCGCGAGAGCCUGGAGCGCAUGCAGAAGACGCAGGAGCGUGGCUUGGACGUGGACAUUUAG